UCUUUUUUUAUGUCACCUACUACUUACUAAAGAAAACAUUUUCUAAUAAAUAUUUUUUUAAAAUAAUAUACUCGCAUGAAAGUUGAAGGUGAUUGGUUGAUGAAGCUAUUGUUGUUUCCAUUACACUUGUUCACUCAUCUCUUUCUCUCUCCUUCUCUCUGUGGAUCUCUUUGUUUCUAAUUUGGAACCGACAUAGCUCCCAACUAAUAGGAAUCUCAAAGCUUCUCACUCUCUUGUAUCUUUUGUGGCUCUCUUUCACUUUUCCAUUGGACUUUUGGACAUAAGCUAUGCAAACUGAGGAACUUUUGUCGCCACCACAGACUCCUUGGUGGAAUGCUUUUGGAUCUCAGCAGUUGACUACAGAGAGCCUUUCCGGCGACGCUUCUGAUUCAUUCACCGGAGUUAAGGCAGUUACUCCUGAGACAGAACAAGGUGUGGUGGAUAAACAAAGUUCUACAACUCUCUUGACUUUCUCACCUGGUGGUGGAAAGAGUUCAAGAGAUGUGCCAAAGCCUCAUGUUGCUUUCACGAUGCAAUCAGCUUGCUUCGAGUUUGGAUUUGCUCAGCCAAUGAUCUACACAAAGCAUCCUCAUGUAGAACAAUACUAUGGAGUUGUUUCAGCCUAUGGAUCUCAGAGGUCUUCGGGCCGAUUAAUGCUGCCUCUAAAGAUGGAGACAGAAGAAGAUGGUACCAUCUAUGUGAACUCAAAGCAGUACCAUGGAAUUAUCAGGCGACGCCAGUCCCGAGCAAAGGCUGAAAAACUGAGUAGAUGCCGUAAGCCAUAUAUGCAUCACUCGCGCCAUCUCCAUGCUAUGCGCCGUCCUAGAGGAUCUGGUGGGCGUUUCUUGAACACCAAGACAGCUGAUGCGGCUAAGCAGUCUAAGCCAAGCAAUUCUCAGAGUUCUGAAGUCUUUCAUCCGGAAAACAGGACCAUAAACUCAUCGAGGGAAGCAAACGGGUCAAAUCUCUCGGAUUCUACAGUUACAAAUAUGGAUUACUUUCUAAGUUCAUCGGUCUAUUCUUCUGGUGGCAUGGUCAUGCCUAUCAAGUGGAAUGCAGCAGCAAUGGAUAUUAGCUGCUGCAAUCUUAAUACAUGAUGAGCAGAUAGGGGACAAGACAAGAUUCGGUUCACCGGUCUUUUGUCUUGUCCCUUAUCUUUCAGCCAAAUGGAGAGAGAACUUGUGUCCUGAAAAAGGACAUUGUGUUUCCUUGGUUUAUAAGUUUACCAUCCGUUUGGCUGUAAACAGGCAAAUCAUCUUUGGCUCAUCCUUCAUCAAGGUCUUUUAUCCGGUCUGUUUCCUUCUCCUAAUAAAAUUUGAACUAGUGAAUAAACACUGAUGGAUUUGGUACUACCUUCUUGUUCCAACUAAUGUGUGUGUUGUAAGAAACUCUUGCCUUAUUUUCUGAUGUUGUAAAACAACUGUAAGAAUUUCAAGUUAA